AUGGAGCCAUGGCGCCUGCCGCCGGUGAACAUCGUCAUGCCAACAGGGUGGGAUGAGUCGCCGCAAGCAUCGGACACAAAGCUGAAGUGCCAUCGCCCAACGACACCGACCAGUCCACCGACAACUAUGCGUCAAUGGGUUGCAUUUGAUACAACCAUGCUCGACGUGUGGAUAACCUGUGACGCGGAGGUUGUGGCGAGCUUUCUCGAAGACAUCCGCCAUGGCAACUCAGUGCAAUGCCGCUGCAAGCUCGUUGGAUUGGACACCGAGUGGAAAAGGCUCCGUGGCGGCGACGUCACGACUGCCAUCUUGCAGUUGUGCAUCGGCACUAGUGUCCUUGUGUUCCAGGUCCUCUAUGCCAAUGGCGGUGACCUUCCCAAAGUCUUGAAGAGGUUCCUGAUAGAGGAGGACCACAUCUUCACCGGUGCACACAUCGAGAACGACGCGAAGCGGCUGCGGGAUGACUUCAGCAUCACAAUAACCAAUCCGAUCGACCUCCAAUUGGUAGUCCCCGAAGCCGCUAUAGAAUACAAGCACCUUAGCAGACCCCAUCCCAAGUACAGAGUUCAUCGUUCGUCGCUCGAGAAGAUCACAUCAGAGGUACUGUGCCUACCUCACCUCCGCAAGCCGGCGGGCGCCGACCAUGAUCACUGGCACAAGAGGUAUUUGGACAGCUUCCAGGUGUGCUACGCCCCCAUAGACACGUACUUGUCGUACGAGAUAGCGAAUCAAUUGGAGCUCAAGCAUGGCUUUAGAUUUGCUUAA